AUGUAAAGAAAUAGACCUGGGUUGACCAAUAUAGAGACUUCCAAUAACUUAAUUGGGAACACGAUUCCGCUUUCAGCUGGAUAUCCUCCUCAUACAACUACUUCUUAUAAUGGAGGAUUAGGAGCACCUUCUUUGUCUUUGCAAAGCAAUAGCAGUAAUUUUUAUAAUUAAUCAUAAAAGCUCCACAUAGAAAGCGAGUCAGUACGCUCAAGUUAUAAUCCUCUCCGCAUAUCAAAAGGAGGUGUAAACUUUAUAUAAUCCAUGACUCCUGAAGCUUCUUCUACUACCUAAGGUGUUUUUGGAUAGAAUAUAAACUAAGCUUAAGGAAAUAACUUUGGUGCUUAGCACUUCUAACAUUAGCAUAGAUAUCAAUAAGUAGCUAUGUAAAAUUAGAACUAAUCACAUGGAAAUCAUUAAUAAAAUGGAAAUACCAAUAGCAGCAGUUCUUCAUAUGAGCAACAAUUCUCUAGAUAAUUUGGAAACGCUUCAAGUAGUUUAAAUAAAGACUAAAAUAAAUCUGAAAACUAUUCAAAUACCUAAUAAAUACUUUUGAAUACAAGUAGCGGCAAUUCAAAUGCAAGAAAUAACUCUCAAAAGUAAUAAACUAAAAUUACUGGCAAGCAAGGUGAUAAUUUAUAAAACUCUAUGAAUUUUACUCGUAACUUCUAGCAAAAUACUUCUACUGCCAACAGCAACAAUAACAGUAAUCACUUCCAAAAUAUAAAUGGAAGCUCAGGCAAUACUUUAAAUUCUAACAUAAACAAACUCUCUAUAGAUACUUCAGGAGAAACUCGUCCUUAUAGCGCUAAUAACUUUACUUCUUACUCUGCUACAAAUUCAUCUGCUCCUAUGUUCGGCACAAAACAUUCUUUGAUUUCUUCUUUAAAUGGAUUGAUGACUACCAAAUUCAAUGAAAAGGCUUCCUUAGAAUUUUAGUCUACUCACAAUUAAAUGCAACUAUAAUAAUAACAGUAACCAUCAUCUUCUACCUAAACAGGAAAUAUCCCAACACUAAAUACAUCUUAUUAGCGCCAUAAUUUAACAAAUCAGCACUUUGCUGCUCAUGGAUCUGAAAAUAACUAAUAAGCAAACUAUAACUCAAACCACAAUCAUUUAUCAAAUAACCUUUAAAGAAACUCAAACAAUAACGGAAAUAAUUAGUAAUAAAAUAUUAGGGAUGAAUCACCCUCAAUUAAAGCUAAAUAAAACAAUUAUAUGUAGCCAAGCAGCAUGAAUGGAUAAUAGUAAUAGGUGUCAUAAUCAUAAGGAAAUAACUCUUUUAUGAAUGGACAAAACAGUAAUAACUAAUUCAAAAAGUAAGUUGGAGCUUCUAUAAAUCUGAAAGAAGGAUUUGCUUCAUAUAAAUAGCAGGAAGAAUAAAAAAGACUCUCUAAAAGCAUAUAAGGACAUGAAAUAUAGAGAGUUAUUUAAUCUUAAUAAAAUUAACAAUUUGCUUAGUAAUAACCAAAUUAACCUUAUCAGUAACAACAGUAAUUGUAAAACCAAUAAAAGAAUAGUCAAAAUAACGAAAACAUCAACCCUUUAACACAAUAAUCAUAAUAACAAUAACAGCAAAUAUAAAACAACUAAAUUAAGAAGCAAGUUCCACUUUAAAACUCUUCUUAGGUUUCUACAAAUCAAAAUUCAACUUAAAUUUAACAGUAAAAUUAAGCUGCUAUGGAUUAAAAGUAGAUGUUAAAAGCUUAACUAACAUAGAAUGUAAAUGAACCACUUAUAGGAAAAACUGAACCUCUCCCUAACCACGAGCCCACUAAGUGUUCUUUCAAAAGAAACGGAAUUGUUAAAGCAUAUGCUGCAAACACAAACUAAGGUCUAGUCAGAAAUUAUAACGAAGAUAGAGUUUCUAUUAUUUUAAAUAUCAUGAAACCAGCUUCUCGUGCUAAUGAGCAGUGGCCUAAGUGUUCAUUCUUUGGAGUUUACGAUGGUCAUGGUGGUGUAAACUGCGCUGAUUUCCUUCGUGAUAAUCUCCACUAAUUUGUGAUUAAAGAAAGUAGUUUCCCUUGGAAUCCUAAAGAGGCCUUAAGAAAUGGCUUUGCAGCUGCGGAAAAAGCAUUCUUAGACCUUGCUUAGGCUUAGGAAGAUUAAAUUGAUCGCAGUGGCUCUUGUGCUAUUGUAAUAUUGAUAGUUGGUGAUACCUGUUAUGUUGCCAAUGUAGGAGAUUCUAGAGCAGUGCUAUCUGGAGAGUCUGGUUAAAAAGUUUACACUCUUUCUCGUGAUCAUAAGCCAACAGAUGAGUUAGAAUAAAAGAGAAUCAUUCAAGGAGGAGGAAAAAUUUAUCAAACUCAUGCUACUUAAGUUAAGCAAGGAACUGGAGAUUAAAAGGCAUAGACUUAACUAGUCGUUGGACCCCUCAGAGUUUUCCCUGGAAGAUUAUCUGUUUCAAGAACAUUUGGUGACAUUGAAGCGAAAGUUGAGAAACUAGGAGGGAAUCCUAAUGUUGUCAUCUCAGAGCCAGAGAUUAAGUCUUUUAAGAUUACUGAUGAUCAUGAUUUUAUUGUUUUGGCUAGUGAUGGUGUGUUUGAUAAAAUGACCAGUAAAGAAGUCAUCCAAAGUGUUUGGAAUAAUGAAGAAAUAUCAGAAAAUAUUCACAAAUAAUGCAGCGUGGCUGUAGAGAGUAUACUCCGUGAUUCUCUCAAUAAGAGAUCACUAGACAAUGUCACUGUAGUUAUGAUAGCAUUUAAUAAUUAUAAAAUAAAGCUUUUUGGAAAUUAAGAAAAAAAGAAUAAACCAAUCCUUGAGGAACGCAAAAACUUUUAACAACCUGCUUUAAACUCUGCUGAUUAUGCUUCUCAUGGUAAUAAGUUAGAAUAUUCAUCUGUAUUAAACUAAGGCAAUAAAACUGCAACAGCUUCUUCUUCAUAACAUUACAAUGGAGAUUUCAAUAAAUUUUCAGAUAAAGAUUUUAGAAAAUCUUUGAACAUUACUCCAAGUAACAGAGCAGCAGCUGGUGAAUUAUAAUUAAGAAAGAAAUUUAAAGAAAACUAGAUUUAUGGAAAUAAUGAAAAUUAUUCUUAUAUGAAUUCAAGUACAAACAACGGAAACAAUAACUUCAACAAUAAUUAAAAUAAUUAACCCCAAUCAUCAAACUCUUCAUAAAUCAGUAACACUAAUUCUGGAAAUCAAAUUCACGCCCAAUUCAACAAGUUGAGACUUUUAGAUUAAAAAAUAUCUGAAAUAUCAAACAAAGUGAAUUAAUUCUCAUCUUUUGAUAGAAAAAUCAAUAGCAAUAACAGAUGA